UUCUUUUUGGUCUCGUUUUGUCAAAAUUUGCUUUACAAAGGAUUCCCCUACAUGAUGGUUUUGUAACUGGUGGAGGAAGGAAGGACCCCUUGGAAGCGUUUGUGAUAUGACAUCUUUGGUAACUGAAGAAUUAACCCGUGUGUGCAUAGUGCCCCUAUUGCUGCUGUGGUAGCAGAACUCUUUUUUUUUAAGUGGGACUGGAGGAGAGUGCUGCCUCGGUCAGCAGGAGCUUUGCACAGAUUUGUAUCGCGUGUACUUCUUGGUGGGGUUCUCCCCACACAGUACUCUCUCUUGAUGACACCUGGAGGUGGCAGUGGGCCCAUGAAAGACUGCGAAUACAGCCAGAUCAGCACACACAGCUCUUCAUCUCCCAUGGAGUCUCCCCAUAAGAAAAAGAAGACAGCUCCCAAGAGAAAAUGGGAGGUUUUUCCUGGAAGGAACAAAUUCUUCUGCAAUGGGAGGAUCAUGAUGGCUCGGCAGACCGGAGUCUUCUACCUGACUCUUGUGCUCAUCCUGGUCACCAGCGGGCUGUUCUUUGCAUUUGACUGUCCAUAUUUAUCAGAGAAGAUUACACCUGCUAUACCUGCAAUUGGUGGGAUACUUUUCUUUUUCGUGAUGGGGACCCUGCUGCGUACUAGUUUCAGUGAUCCUGGUGUCCUCCCCCGUGCAACACCAGAUGAAGCAGCAGAUCUAGAGAGACAAAUAGGUAACACUGAAGAUAUUGCAAAUGGCUCCAGUUCAGGAGGAUACCGCCCCCCUCCCAGAACAAAAGAAGUGAUCAUCAAUGGACAGACAGUGAAACUAAAAUACUGUUUUACUUGCAAGAUUUUCCGCCCACCUCGUGCCUCACAUUGCAGCCUUUGCGAUAACUGCGUAGAACGGUUUGAUCACCACUGUCCCUGGGUAGGCAACUGUGUGGGGAAAAGAAACUACAGAUUUUUUUAUAUGUUUAUUUUAUCUCUGUCCUUUCUGACAGUCUUUAUAUUUGCAUUCGUUAUCACCCACGUCAUUCUUCGUUCUCAACAAGCAGGGUUCCUCAAUGCCCUGAAGGACAGUCCUGCAAGUGUGCUGGAAGCUGUGGUGUGCUUUUUCUCCGUAUGGUCCAUUGUGGGCCUCUCAGGUUUUCACACAUAUUUGAUCAGCUCCAAUCAAACAACAAAUGAAGAUAUUAAAGGAUCAUGGUCAAAUAAAAGAGGUAAAGAGAACUAUAAUCCAUACAGUUAUGGCAACAUCUUUACUAAUUGCUGUGCUGCACUCUGUGGGCCCCUCUCUCCAAGCUUAAUUGACAGAAGAGGAUUUAUACAACCAGAUACGCCACAAUUAGCAGGACCAUCAAAUGGCAUUACUAUGUAUGGGGCCACACAAUCUCAGAGCAACAUGCAAUUACUAUCGUAAUGGAAGAUAAGAUUUCCAGUGCCAAGAAGAAGAGAAUAACUCAGAGAUCUUUUUCCAAAGGCAAGCAUCUUACCUAUGUGCCUGUUUUUGAGUUGUUUUCCACAUAUCUUGAAUUUUAAGAUUUUGUCAAAGAAGCCGUGAGUUAUGUACUCUGCCAACAAAGAGAAGGCCACAACGCCUUCCAAUGUAACUCUUUCCAAACAAAUUAGUUCCAGCAUUGCUAAUAAACUGAUAUAAAAUUAUUGCUCCAGUUCCUAUGCUUUUUCUACUUAUUAAGUGAAGGAUUCAUUGUUUUCCUUUAUGAAGAAGUGUAUUAGAAUCAUAGUCUGAAUUCUUUGUGAGAUUCAGUUGUACAGAACAAGGUAGUGCUCUGUGGAAAUUUCACUCAAAAAAAUUUAACCCUUAAAAGGAGUUGUUGUCACAGGAGGGUAAAGAAAGCAAAACUCAAGAUAGCCCAAGUUCUUUCAGGGACUGCCUGAACUUUCUGACUUUGUGAAGGUGUUUCUUAUUUAUGAUCAUAAGCCCUGAAUAGGUUCUUUGCAUUAAACUUUGUUAACCUUAUAGGAAUUGAAGUCACGUUGUAAGAAGGCAUUGUAUGAGUUAUUAAUGAGCAAAUCUUGUACCAGUUUGAUUGAAGAUUGGCCAAAUUUGUCUGCAGAAAUGGAGAUACCUGUUACACUAUUACUUUUAAGUCAAGCAGGUAGCUGUUAUGAUUUUAGAGUGUAAUACUUGUAAAUACACAAGUGCAUUUCUUCAAGGAUUUGAACUCCUUACGUCCUAGGACAUUGCAUUAUCUGAGCCAGGACAGGUUUAGGUUCUUCAACAGUUACCAAAGUAACUUUGAAAUGUACAGCUUUCAUUCCUGAAAACGAUCUCACAGAAGAAGUUUUAAAUAUGUAUUGGGGUCAUAUUGUAUAUGGAGGAAUCUCUUUGAGACACUGAUGCCAUUUUAUCUCAGGGUAUUAUUCCUGGUCUGUAUCCAAGACCGGUUGGAUUCUAGUGGCAGCUGGCUGUUAGCAUUACAAUUCCUCUAGUGUACUGCUGCAAGCUUUUAAAGAUCUGCUUAGUUUCCUUGUCUCUCUAGCACUGUGUUCUCUUCCCUAUUCAUAAUCUUCUUUCCUGAAUUGUUUGGGGUAUAGGAAAUUAUAAACUCAUUUCCUACCUGCAGCAGUGCAGUGAGAUACAACUUCUUAAUUGUUCUUGUUUAAUGCUUUGCUUUUACUGCGUUCUAAGGUAGUAGACCUUGAACCUCUUUGUUCUUCUCUCUCCUAUUUCUUAUCUCACAAAGCAUCAAACAACAAAACUAAUUUUCCUAAUUCAAAGAUCUCAUCUGCGUAUCGGACUCUUUAAAAUAAAUUCUGAUUCACCUUACUACUUGCUUAGUUGCCUUCAGCCAUUCUACUUGGCUUCAAGAUUUCCCAUUGCUACUUAAAUAUGACUGGAUUAAUCAAGUAAAAUGUCAUCAUUCUGUUUAAAAUUUUUCCCAUGAAGUGACUUGUAAUGCUUUUCCCAGCUUUCCAUAACCAGUCUCUCUCAUCCCAGUAUACAAUCUUAGUUUCUUCAGAAGUUUGGGGGCAGCAGUGCUGGGAAUGCCAACCAUUCACUUGGUCUCCCAAAAAAGACUGCUGUAGUUCUUUUGAAUGAAAGGCAGUGUAUUUCACUUUAUGGUAGAGGAUAAACAAGGGACAUGACAUUCAAUUUAUUUUAGAGAAGGAAUCGCUACAAAAUUCUCUAGAAUUCCUUUUACUCAGAGUUCAGAAGUGGAUGUCAGAAUUUCCUUUGGAGAUUGAAGUUUUCAGUAGUUGACUGGCUCAAGCCCAACACUGCAGUGGAUGUGGAACUGGAGAAGGAAAAUCUUUGUGGAAGAAAAGUUUUUCUUUUUAACACUUGCUGACAAAGAUUAGGCAAUACAUGUAAUAUUAUUCUGCCUUCCCUUCUGAAAUGUUGCAUAUCUCUUGGAAGUAAAGGCAGAGACCUACAGUGAAAAAUGUGUUCUUAGAGCUGAGGCUGGAAGGUCUCAAAGAAGUGUUUUGAAGGGUGUAUAUCUGAAACUUCAGCUUGUAUUAGUAUACAUUCAGAAAAGGAGAAAUAAAGUGAUAUUCCUUGACUUAAAAUUUAAAUCACCAGGGGUAAUUACGCUAUGUUAGCAAGUUGACUGGCUGUAGGAAAUCAGUUAUCAGAAGUCCAAAGUGUAUUCUAGUACAGUUUUAUAGCAAGACUCCUUUAAUUUUUUUUAAGAAUACAUUGCCUCUUAUGUCUAUAUUGAAUCUCAAGUUCUAGAUAUUGUCUGCAAUAUAACAAUAUUAUCCGCAAUAUACAAUCCACAGAAUGUGCUAGAAUGUCUCUUGCCAAUUGAUAUUAAAGAAAAAAUUUAAUGAGUGUUUUCUGUCACGCUUUUACUCUCUUUUCCCUCAUUCCAUUCUCUCCCUCAAAUCUUUUACCCAUUGACUUUUGGCCCUUUGUAAGUAGAAUUAUUUUGCCUCAUCCAAAUAGCCUCUGGUCAUUUUAAAAAUCUUUUUGAUACUUCAUGUUCUUUUUUGCUUGUAUUCAUUCUAAUGUAUCUCCUAGCACAGGUCAUUGUUUCUGCAUUUAAGUUUAAAAAAAAAAAAAAACCAACAAAUAUCAAUCUACAUUUAAGCUUGCAAGACACUAGUUUUCAAUGCAAUACCUUAUCUCUUAUUCAGGAUACCAUCUGUGGGGUGCUGUUUUUGUAUUUAAAUUUUUUUUUGUGAUAAUUUUUGCCUUUGAGACAUGGAAUAUUUCAUAUAAGAUCUGUUCUGGUUUUUUUAUUGAUUUUAUUUGGCACGACCUCAGAAAGUUGGGGUUUGUUAAAAAAGUUUGUUGUUAUCAGUGCUUCAAAGGCCCGUACUACUAUUUCUUUUAAUUUUAUUUUUUAGGUCUUUAUAUAAAAAGAGCUUUUUCUCCUGUUCUGUCCUUACUGGUUGCCUUAUGUUAGUAAGAUUUGAAGCUGUAAUCACUUUUCUGAAGGUCAGUACCACAUAUAAUUUUAUUUUCUGAAACAUUCCUAGUGCUUUUGAUCUCUUUUUCAAUAUAAUUUUAAAUUCAUUAGCCAACUUCUUAAUAUUCUUAUCCACAUGACAGGCAUGGUUGCUUGGAGCUAACGAUGUGUAGAUCUAAUAUUUCCAUAGUAUUUCCCUAUUAGCAUUUUAUUGCUAAUUAUUUUUACAAGAUCUUCAUUAGUUUCAUUGCCCAAGUAUUUCUCUUCUCAUUCUAAAGAAGUGGAGGUUGUGUGAAAUGCAGCAUUUUAACCAUUAUGAAAUCAUUUCUUUGUAAGGUUUGCUUUCUUGUUACUAUGGAAAAGUUCUUAAUUCUUAAACCCAUCAGCUACUAUUACCUGAAUCUGCUCUUCUGCAGUAUUUAGCUUUAUCAUAAAAGCCUGAGUUGAUUCUUGGGUUUUAAUUCAGGGUCUUUUCCUUUUUAGUAGUCCGUUGUAAAGAAAUACAGAAUCCAUCUCACUCUAUGCACUUUUUUUUUUCCUUAAAGAGGAACUUGCUGUGUUUAUUUUUACUGUAUGUCUUCAGAAAUUCUCUAGUGCCUUAUUGAAGUGCUGCAUUUUACUUCUGUCUGCCUUUGUACCAGGACAGGUUCAUUUUAUGAAGAAAUUCACUUACUAUCCAGCAUUAUAGGUAUCUCUCUAUCAGUGCUCAGGUUAUCCAGUGCUUGUUAUCCAGACUCCCUUAUAUUCCAUUCCCCGUUUCCUCAGUGCAAGUUCAGUAGUUAAAGGGUUUAUUUUCUCUUUUAUUCUAUUACAGUGCAUGUGAAACUUAAGAUUAACUUAAGAAACAUGCAGCAAGUUCCCUCUUGAAUGUUCACAGCAGUAUUUCUACUACUGUUUUGCAAAAAGGAUUCCAGCUGAUCCAGGGAAUGUUUACUCUGACUUGUCCCAUUGUUCUUUCCCCUUUGAUUUUCGUAUUCUCAUUAUUAGAGGUAAAUAUUUCUACAAUGACAAUACGAAGAUCAGCAAGGAUUGGGGCCCCACUUUGCUCAGAGUUUUACAGAUGUGUUCCCUGUAGUACAGUGAUUUUUUAUGGCCUCAGACAGAACUUGGGGAUCUUACCUAGUCAGCGUUUACUGCAGCCAAGCAGAGCAGUAUCAGAGUGCACAGACAAGACUUCUUUCAGAGGUUUUGCUCCUGGACUUCCCCCACUAAGUUCUAAGCAUUCCUGAGCAUUCAGUCCACAAGAAGAAGCUGUCAACUAGUCUUGAAGUAAAAUCCCUGGAAGACUGAAGUAGCUGACCCUUUAUGUCUGAGCUGCUUCUCUCCACUGACCACUCUGUUGCACUGCACUUCUUGUUAGUCAAGCUGUCCAUUGUCUGCUGUGCUCGUGGCUCGGCUGCUGGACAUACCAUGAUGCUGGCUGUGGAAUUCUACAGCCCUUGUGAACAGUUACACAGCUCCAUCUCUCCACUUUUGCUCAUCUGUUUUAUCUAUUUAGUAUGAUAUUUCAGCAUCUUUUCUGUUACUGCCUAGCACUGUCAUUCAGUGUUGCCAGAUGUCUGAACUUUCUGUUUGUACUUCAUUCAGAGAUGAUGCUCAGAUAAUUCAACCUAUUUUUCCUUCAUCUUUGAGGACUGAAAAAUUCUUUAAUGUUACCAGCAUUAGAACAAUUUCAACCCAGUUAAUUUUAAAUUCAAAGUAAUUUAUCUCCACAUUGGCAUUAGAAAUGCAAAAACAACACUGCCAUGUACAAGAGCUUCGUUAACAUGUGUUUUAUGUAGCUUAGGGAAAAAGCUGAUUUUCUAGAGAAAAUUAAGACUAUUGUUUCAGGCAGUUGUUUGUAUUUAUUUGUGAAAUAAACUCACUUUUAGAUUGCGUCUAAUUUGCUUUGGUUAGUGCUUUUAAUGUAAAAAAUAAAGUGAUGGCUGAAAUUUUCAUGGGUAUAUAUAUUGAAAUUCUGUACUUGUAGAAUUUAUUAAACGUCUUACCUUUGGAAUAUGCUGUUCUUCUGAAACAGUGGAAAUCGCAAGUAGAAAAUAAAAUCAGUAGUCUGAAGUAA